AUGAUUUCGCGGAGCGCGAGCAUUAUCUGCUUCCCCGGCCGCACACGGGGCGGGCGGAUGUCGGGCGGCGGGGCGGGGCUUAUGUCGUGCGUGCGAGAGGGCUCGCUCGAGCCGCCCUACCGGCCGCCGCACGAUUCCGGCCAUGGCGAGGGUCGCACGGGGCGGUUCCUGCGCGGUCUGCGGCGGAUGUUCCGGCGGCGGGGCAGCGGCGCCCGCACCGAGAGCUCCCCCGAUCCCAAGAGCAGUUCCACCAGCGAGCUGCUGGACGCGGAGCGCCACGCCAGGAGAAAGGAGGGCGCGUACGGCAGCGGCCUCUCGGUGUCCCAUGACUCCGUUUUCACGGGAGAAAGGUCUGGCGAUGAGUCGGGAGACGAACGCCCGGCCCUAGGUGUCGCGCAGGCGGCCGCAUCGCACAGGGCGGAGCUGGUCGCGGCGGUGAGGAGGCGCGGCCGUGGGGAAUGCAGCGAUGAUGAGGAGGACCUUGGCCUUCCGCGCAGCCCCCCCGCCUCCCCGCCCACCGACAAAGCUGACAAGAGGCAUCAUGCCGGCAUCUCCCAGUCGUCGUGCAGCGAUGGCUCGCUGCUCAGCGUUGGCUCCUCGGAGAUGGACGAGGACAGCAGCAGUGGUCACCACCACUCCCACGACCACUCCGCCAGGAGCGACCACUCCGACGUCUACAAUGUCUCGGAGCCGCCUUCGGGCGUCGCGCCAUUGUCGCACUCGGCCGCUCGCCACAAGAUGGCGGUGCGCCCGCGGAGGACGCACGGCGCUCCACGACGGAAGAAGACCAACCAGAUCGCCGCCUCAGCGCUGCCGAUAACUCCCGAAUUGAACGAAGAAAUGACACGAAGCACUACUCCUGACGUCACGCAUAAAACCUCAGAAGUUGUUACUGAAUCAUUCUCUUCAUCGACCACUACGAAGCACCAGAUUUACGCGAAGGAGCAACACCUGCAGCUCAACCGCGAACUGCAAAGAGUCCUGGAGCCACCGAGUGACACCAAGAUGAAGUCAUCCUCGCUCCCGCCGGGAUUAGCUUUGGGCCAAGUCGUCCAAUCGCCGGCCAAGCUCAGCAUCGCCGAGUCCAACACCCCACGCUCUUCCAUCAAGAGGAGCAAAUCCAGCACCCAAGACCAGCCUCUGAGGGAGAGCUCGCCGAAGAUACAAAGCGGCACCGCAGAAACUCAAAUCCACACGUACCACUCCGAAGAGCGAAUGGCCAAAUACCGCAUCGACAAGAAACACGCCGACGAAACUUGCCUCGAGAAGAAGUCCAAAUCGGAGAAGAAGAUAGAGAACGAAGACGUGAAGAAAACGAAAACGGACAAGCCGCAGUACAAAACUGUCGAAGUUGAAAGGAGCGACUGUCCCGACCAAGCUCAGGCGUACAGGCCGGUCCCAGCGGAGAGGACCCACAAAACAGCCGGCCAGAAGGCCUUCGCCAACCAACUCCACAAGCGAAUAGACAAGCAAGGCGCUUACGUGCAAGACAGCGCUUACAAAGAUGUCUACAGCGCUGCCAAAGUGCCCGGAAUGGAAUACAGCAUAACCGAUCUCAAAAUCGCCGAGGAGACCGACGUGAUGCUCAAUCUAGAAAUGAAGAGCAGGUACAGCAGACGCGAAGAGAUAGAGAGAGUGGAGAAGAGGCGCUCGACCUCCAAAGACGCGGUGGACAGCAAACGGGAGUCCUUCAAUCUGCACCUGGACAGAAACAAGAGACCGGCCUCAGUCCAGCGUUUGAUGGACCCUUUCCCCACGAAAGCGUUCAUCAGUAACGAAAUAAGUCAGCUACAGGGCGAGCAGGCCCCAGCGCUCGAAGCACCCAAUGAGGUUCCAAUCAGGGCGGUGCGCAAACCAACGCCAGAGUACGGUUUCCACAGCGGCAGCAUGCCCAAGAACCUCUACUUCAACCCGAGCGUGAUAGUCUCGCCCCCGAAGAUAAGCCAGUCGAGCGACAACGUGAAAGCGAGCCGCUCGGAGCAAGAGUACCGGGACAGGAAGGAGAGCCGGGAGAGUUUCCGCGCUUCGCACGCGGAAGGGACCCCGACGGGGACCCCGCCCUUCGGCCUGAGGUCCCUGGGCGACGAGUACGUGGAGGCUAGGGGCGGCAUAGGGAAAUCGCACAGCUUCCGCUACGCGUCGGAGAGCACCUCGAUCAGCUCCCAGGAGAACCAGAUGCCGAGCUUGCCAGCGAUUGUCGGCAUAUCGGAGCCGCUGUUAGAAAGCUGGGAGGUGAACUACAGGCGGAACGUGACCGAGAGAGACUACAGCAAACGCGUUUCCGCCCGAAACUACAACAUCCAAGCGAACCAGGAGGCGAACUACGACAGCCUUUUGAGCACCGACAGCAGCUACCUCGACAGCCUGAAGGUGGAGGAAGAUAGGAAACUCUUCACCAGCAUCCACGUCACGAUGGACGGGAAUAAGCGCGACAGCGACAUAUCCCAGAUCGAGGCCAAGAUCGACGACAUCAUCGGCUCUCCGAAGCCGAUAGUCGCGCCCAUAAUCAAGUCGAGCUCGUUGGACAGCGUCAAAGGCAGCCCGGGGAAGAACGCAGACGACAGGAGGAAGACCAUAUCCGUCGAGAGCGCUGCGAGCUCCAACAAACCAGCGCCAAAGGACAACAGACAGGAGGAAAACUUCGUGUCGGUCACUCACGUGAACAGAGAGCUCACGCCUGUAGCGGUGAAGAACAUCGAGGCUUCGAAGGUCAGCAAGAGUGAUGAGAGACUCCAAAAGUCGGGUGCAAGCAAAGCGCCCGGUGUGCCAGAGUUCCUCAACAUACAGCUGAACAAGGUCGACGCGAAACCCGCCACCAACGUGGUGCUGACCGCGAACGUCACCCCGAAAAGGGACAGUCCGCAACAGGAGAGGGAGAGCGAAAUCGAAAUACUACCAGUGACAGAAACCAAGAUAGCCAGCUUGCCAAUAGCUAAAGACAACACGAAAACCGCCGAGUGCGUCGAGAACAAUACGAUUGAAGAGAAGGUCGCCUCUUUCACGUCCAAAUCUGCGCAGGGCUGCCAAACCCCGCGCAGUCCCUCCACGCCGAGGGAGUUCUUCAAGAGGAAGUCCACCAGCGUGGAGCUCCAGGACCGGCCGGAGAAGCCGCGCACCAACUCGCUCAGCACCGAGGGCAGCACCGAGAAGAUCUACGACAACAUAUCGAUAGACCGCAAAUCGCACUCCAGCUACGGCAGCAAGAGCUCGAUACAGAGCAGCGACAGCACCGAGAACCGAACCUCGGACCGACAGGAGGAGGUGGUGUACAGGAAGAAGCCGACCAUCGGCAAAGAGAUCCGCGGCGACAGGAAGAGGGACGACGAGCCCGAGCUGAUGAAGGUCUUCGCGCGGCGCUCGCUCAAGAUCAAGGACACGGAGGCGGAUAGCCUGGCGAGGGAGAUAGCUGACGCUGAGAAGACCGACGGGUCGAAGAGCAAAGUGCUCAAAAACGAGUUCAACGCGUCGAUCAAAUCUAGGGACAGUGACAAAGAGAACGAGGUGAAGCCUGCAGACAACCUCGUCGUCGACAUAGCGGCCAGGGUCAGCCAGUACCAGCGCAGCGCCAGUGUGCACAGCGUGGCCAGCGCCAAGCGGGACAGCGCCCCCUGCAGGGGAGAGGUGAACAGAUACAAGAAGGAGGUCUCGGACUCCACUCCGGAGAAGAGACUGAGGAACCGCACCUUCCCCGACCCUUCGAACGACAGGGAGAUGGCGAAAGGAGACGCCAUGCCGGGGUACAGGGCGGACACGCUCACCAAGCGCCCCUGGCAGCGGAAGGAGGACUUCAGACUGGAGAAGGAGAAGGAGAAGCGGGAGGAGACGGACGCGGCGCGGGGGGAGGGAGAGAAGGGAGGGGCGGAGAAGGAGAGGAAGUCGGAGGGGGAGGCGGACGCCUCGCCCCAGUUCAAGGGGAUUCUGCAGAUGAGGGCGGAGUGGGAGCGGCGGGCGAAGCAGGGGAUGACCAAA